AUGCGUCACCACGAGAGAAGCAACACGGGGGAUCGAGCUGCUACUGGUGUUAGUGCUAAUGAAGAUACCACUCAAGAGGCCAAAGACCGCAAGGACUUGCGCCAUACUUUUCAAGUGGAGUCUCAUUGGAUGCCAUCAUCCAUGGAUAUGAGAUCUAGUGGCCGGGUUGACCAUCGAACGAGAUCGAAUCCACUUGUUCGACCGUAG